UGUAGGAGAUUGGUGAAGUCCGAGCUUUGCGUGUUGUUAGGACUAAUUCACUGGUUUUAACGUCUGGUGCUUUGUAGUUAAAUAUUAAGUUUUCUAAUUGGCUCGGGUGUGAACUUGUCAAAACAAAAGAUACCACAAUGUGUUGAGUGUUUUUGCUGUUGGAGAGAGUUCAGACCAUUCUUGAAACUAUGCCAGUCCUCCUACUGCUUUUGUCAAGUUCCACAGCAGUGUAGGUUUGAAAAUGAAUAAAGAUGCACAGAUGAGAGCCACGAUCAAUCAGAAAUUGAUAGAGACAGGUGAACGUGAAAGAUUGAAAGAGUUACUGAAAGCCAAGUUAAUAGAGUGUGGGUGGAAAGACCAGCUGAAAGCCCAUUGUAAAGAUGUGAUCAAGGAGAAAGGACUGGAACAUGUCACUGUUGAUGACCUGGUUGCAGAAAUUACUCCAAAAGGCAGAGCUUUGGUACCGGACAGUGUGAAAAAAGAACUCCUGCAAAGAAUAAGAACAUUUCUUGCCCAGCAUGCCAGCCUAUGAGUCAAAAAUGUAUUUUAUAAAGAACUACUCUCCUCACUUGUUCUGUGAAUAAAAUUGUGAAUUAGGUUAUCUAUUUUACUGCAGUUAAUUUUAAUACUGUGGUCUUCAUUUUCCCAAUGUUUUUAAUCCACAAUCUUUUAUUUGUGUAUAUUCAUACAGCAGCAUUUUUGUUUUCCAAACAAGAUGUGAUUUGUAUUCAUUUUGUGUAGUAAUUUUCAAAUUUUAAUAAAGUGCCAUCUGUUUGUUUACUAA